AUGAAAGCAACUGUUGCUGCUAGCGCGCUUGCGCUCUGCUUUUCCGUUGCCGCUGCUCAGUCUACCUCUCUCUACAUCCCGGGCUUCGACCCCCAGCAGAUCACCGCCGACAUUGAGGGCAUCGCCGCCGACGGCCACACCACCUGGCGCAUCGGUCCCGGCGUGACUAGCGGCUCCUUUGAGGACGAGCCCGGCAUCAUUGGCUCUGCGACGCUCGUCGCGGACGCCACCGACGCGCACCUCGUCUACAACAACCCCACCAUCGGGAUCUCGCUCUCCGAGGACUGCGCUAUCGCGAACGGCGUCGCCGUCUGCACCGUUAACGCCUCCGUCGAGGGUGGCGACGUCCAGACCGGCGUCAUUGUCACCGAGACCGCGUCCGAGUUCAUCGUCCAGGGCAACCCGACCGCCGCCGCCGCCACGACCGGGGCGUCGACCACGGGCAGUCCGGCGUCGGCGACCGCUGGCUCGCAUGCGUCCUCCGGUGCGUCGAGCACCGGCACCACGAGCACCGGGUCCACUGCGAAGCCGACCGGGAAGGACAACGGGGUGGGUGGGCGCGAGGCUUCGGUUGCGCUUGCGCUUGUGGGAGCCGGCUUGGUGUCGUUCCUGUCUCUUUGA